AUGGAGGCCAUUCUGACUUUAGUGGAGCCAGUGGUUGUCAUCAAUAAACUGGGGACAUCGUUCUUUGAGAUGGCCCUUACACAGACCGUGUACAACCAUUCGCUAAGGAAAACAGCAGGAGACAGCAAUGCAGCGCAGGCAAUGUCCUCACGCUUUCUUCUUAUUCAGAGUGUGUUGUCCUCUGUGACGGCAAUGUUGUCCAUUAUUCCACUGAGUCGUAUGGCAGACAAUCAUGGACCUAAAGUCUUCCUGGUGUCCUCUCAAAUGGGUUCAGUGUUGGGCAUGUUUAUGCUUGUCAUCUUCAUGUACUGUGAGGUUCCUCUAGAGUUUCUUUACUUGGGAUCUUUGUUGCAUGGAUUGAGCGGAGGUGGGCCAAUGUUCUGGGCCGGGGUGGCUGCUUUGGCAUCUCUGAGCUCGGAGCAGGGAAAACGCACUCUUAAACUCAACACCGUGGACUUCUGUUUUGGGAUUGCAGGGGUUGUGGGAGGUCUUCUUUCUGGAUAUCUGUACCAGGUGGGACCAUCAGUUCUCCUCCUGACAGCCAUUCUGAUCACUGCUGUUGCACUACUGUACUCUGUGUUCGCCCUCUCUGAUUCAAGAUUGUCCUCCUCUGAGGGUGAGCCACUCCUGCCAGAAUCUGAAAGCGGGAACACAAUGGAUCGAGUUUCUAUAGGCAUGUUAAUGACAGCCAUGGUGUUGUUCAUGCUAGGAAUGGUCGGGGCAGAAAAUGUGCUCCAGCUGUUUGUGCUGAAGCCUCCUCUGAGCUGGGACUCAGUGUGGGCAGGAUAUGGCAGGGCCGCCACCAGCGCCAUGUACCUCAGUAGCUUCUUAGGGGUCUUGAGUUUGUUCAAUGUGAUGGGGGACACAGCCCUUACUCUUCUUGGUAUUGUGUCCAACUGCACUGGGAUGGCAAUCAUGGCAUUCGCAAUGGAAAGCUGGGUCUACUUCCUUGCCAGAGGAAUCAUGAUGUUUGCCUGCGUACCCAUGCCAACACUGCGAGCUAUGCUCUCCAAGAACCUGCAUCCUCAACAAUAUGGCCGAGUCUUUGGGCUGCUCCAGUUGCUUCUGGCUGUAACCGAUCUUUUAUCAAACGUCUGUUUCACUUCCAUUUACCCGCUAACUCUCAGGUGGUUCAGUGGCUUCUGCUUUAUCCUCUCCUGUGCCAUUAGUUAUAUCAGCGCUGUCCCGAUCAUUUAUCUAAGUGGCAGAACCUUGAGAGAUGGAGCCAUCUGAGAUGAGUGCCAUUUACAUGAAAAGUUUUGAUUCACUGCUAAGGAGUCCAAAG